ACUACUACUACUACUGCGAGAAAACCUCUUCAGAUUCUUUAUAGAAAAACUGCAGUUUCCUGCAGCCUUGACAUGUCUCAUGUUUGCUUAUAGCUGCAGACGAUGGCAGCAGCUGCAGCAGUGGGGAAGACUCCUGUCUCGGUGCUGCAGGAGCUGCUAAGUCGCCGUGGGACAACUCCGAAAUAUGAACUUGUCCAAAUAGAGGGAGCAAUUCAUGAGCCUACAUUCCGUUACCGUGUCACAGUUGGAGAUGUUGUUGCUAUGGGGACAGGACGUUCGAAAAAGGAAGCUAAACAUUCAGCAGCUAAGGCUUUACUUGAUAAAAUGAUGGUUACUGCCAACAGUGGAGAUGAUGGCGUCGUCGCGAACAGCGACAACGUAUCAGAAGUAAAGACUGAAAUUUUAUCACCAUAUGACAACAAGAUACCAGGAAACCCAAUUGGUUCUUUGCAGGAAAUGUGCAUGUCAAGACGAUGGCCUCCACCCAAUUAUGAAAUGGUGCAUGAAGAAGGAUUACCUCAUGAGCGAUUGUUUACAAUUGCAUGCUAUGUUUUUAAAUACAAAGAAACAGGUACAGGGAAAUCAAAGAAAUUAGCUAAGCGGCAGGCAGCUCACAAAAUGUGGCAACGAUUGCAGGAUUUGCCAGUUACAGCUACAGUUGCUCCAGUACCAGAUGACGAUGAUGAAAUAUCUCAUCAAAUUGGGAAUGUCGCUGCCCAUUACUCAGAUUUGAAAGACUGUAAGAUAAAUACUACGCAUAGUGUUCACCAUAACCAAAAAGUCUCUCAGUUUCAUAAACAAUUGAAGCUCUUAGAAGGACAAAAGUUGAAUGAUCUACAGAAUACGCCCCUGAAUACUUCAAAUUUCAAUUUUGGGCAAUUUCUGCAAGAAAUAGCAACUGAACAGAGGUUCGAAGUGACUUAUGUAGACAUUGAAGAAAAAUCUGUCACAGGUAAAACACAAUGUCUCGUUCAGCUUUCAACUGUUCCUGUGGCCGUAUGUUAUGGUUCUGGAAAUGACACAAAGGAAGCACAAUCAUCAGCUGCAAAAAAUGCACUUGAGUAUCUAAAGAUCUUAUCAAAAAAGUGAAUAAUUGCUUCAUGAGGUGGUCACACAGUGCGCCCUCUGGAAGGCAGUCAGGAGUCAUGGAUGUUAAAGAAUUUUGUCUGUAAAUGGUAUAGAGUGCACUUUGCUGUGAUUGACCACCUCUUUGAAAGUUUUGUCCCAUUGUUAAUUAUCUUGAUAUGAUCUGUAAACCUCAAGUCGCUUUUUAAUGCUAAAGACCGCUGCAAGUCGAUGCAAGUAAUUACUUGUGGCAGAUCCUGAGCCGGGCCGUUCUGAUCAGAAAAUGCACCUACAAAACAUUCUGUGAAGCAGUAUACAUAGGAAAACCUCCCAAUAAAUUCGCACAGGUCUUAACUGACAGUAAUUUUUCACUAUGUACUGUUUUCCAGAAUUUGCCAUUUUUGUUUGUUUCCCAGACCUUCAUAUGUGAGUGUAUUUCCUGGUCGGAAAGGCCCCAUUGAAGCGGAGAGGCAGUUUGUAUCAGGUACAAAGAAUACAAGCUAUACUUUGCAUAGAAUUAGUGGAAUUUUCCAAAUAAGAGUGGUCUGUUUAAAUACUGGGUUUCAGAUUGUGGUUAUGAAACGCUAUACUGAAGUAUUUACUCUUGGGUAGACUAUAUUGGACUAGAAUUAAGGGUUUCAGUAUAGCUGUAAGAGUACAGUUAAAUUUUGAUGCAAUUUUGCCAUUGAAUUCUAUGGUUAUAUCUUAAACAAUUUGUUUUACUCUUGUAGAAGUAUGUGACCAUGUCAGGUAACAGUCCAGUAAUUGUAGAGUUUUAAACUUAGAGGGUUUUGUAAUGUGUUGUGAUGUUUGUAUAACAAGGAGUCUAUGGCUUGAACUUCGGAAAACAGCAUUAUUUUAAUGCAAAGUAUAGAGGUUGUAAUAAUUCUUAUUUAAUCCUAAUGUGAAAUAUUUAUUUUCACUAUAUAAAAAAAUGUUGGAAAUUGUCUGUAUUUCAGGAACAUGAUAAAGCAGGUUAAGUGCGUUACAUUGAUACACAAAUUUUGAUUAUUUUUAUCCUUUGCAUGUACUUUCAUGAAACAGUUGUGGGGAAACUUUGUUUCAUAAAGAAAGGCAACAAGUGAGAAAGCAGUUUUUCUGAGUAUGCAUUUUCAGUGCAACAGCUGUAAUGUUCAGGUAUCUGUUACCAGCCUUUAGCUGGUGUUAGAAGUGAUGUGAUUUGUAUCCAGAAUCUGAGAAAAAUUCAGUUGCUCACUAAGUUAUUUUUACCCUAUAAAACUGGGUGAGAACUUUGUAUGGUUCAUGGAAUUUGUGUUUUGAUACUAAAGGUACCUUUGAUAUUUUGUCUAUUUGUGUUAACAUAAAAAUAUGUUGCCAGUGUAAACACUUCAGCCUGCAUGUACUUUUUAAGUGUAUGGUCUAUUGACAGUGAAUUUUGUUGACAUUAAAACAACCACCUAAUUUAAAUGUUUAUUUUCAUUUUAUUGUUUAAGGCAUCAGUUGCCAAGGAAGUCUAAAGCUAAGAAUACAAUUACAUUUUGAUUAUUGAACAUAAACACAACAUAACUGAUGCUGUGAGGCAGCUGUAGACUGACAGUUGGAACUGUCAGAAGAUUACAUUUGCACAGAGGACAUAUUUAACGUGAGGGCUCAUGCAAGGGCGUACUUUGGUGUCACUUUUGACAGCUUUUUUAAUUUACUAAAUUGAUAAUAUGAGAAUGGGGCAGUUGUCUGUGAAAUUAAAUAUAAAAAUUGUCAGUUCCUGUAUUGCUCCAUGUUAUGAGUAACUGGAAUUUUUCAGUAUUUGUUUGAGGUAUUUUCAGAAUUCACUGCAGUUAGUGAAAGUGGCAUAAUUAUCUUUUAUUAUAUUCAUGCUGUGAUACAGUGCUGGUCAUUAUACAUCACACCCUAUUAUAUAUUGAACAUGUAGCACAAUAUUGUAAUUGGGGUAAAUAAUGUGAUAAAUUGCAGUACCUAAUUUUGUAUAGUUCAACCAGCCUUAAGAAUUAUUGUGAGUGGAAAGCAUUGGAUAGUUAAUGCUUUUUGAAAAGAAAAGUUUUUUAAGUGACUUCCUUAUGCAUGUCUGUUAUGGUUCUUUGUUUUUCCAUUUACAGUCAUUUGUGUUCAAUGUGAAUUAUUAUCCUAAUGUAUUUGAGUUGUCUUUGCACUAAGAAAUACAGAAAUAAAAAUAUGAAUUCCUA